CGCCUUGUCGAUUUUCACCACAAAACCCAAAGCUAUGGAUGCAUUUAAAACCUUUCCGCCUCCGGUGGUGCCUCGCAAUUUUGAUUGUACCCACAAGUUCGACGAUACCAAGACUGUUCAAAAAUCCUCCGAUGAAGGUUCGAAUAGGAAGAAAGUUUUAACUGCAAUGGAUAGAGCAGAAAUGCUGGGCGAAGAACCACUUCCAGCGCCUCAGAAAUCUGUGUUUGAGUAUCUUUCUGAAGAGGACAAGAAACGAGUGUUGUCUGCUUCGAAGAGUGAAAUAUCAAAGCCCUCUAGUAAAAUACCAUCGGAAGGAGGGAGUUCUGCAGUUAAUGAUUCCUCUCAAAAGAGUGCACCCUCUUCCCGUUGGUCUUGGUCUGGUCACAGCAGUUUUAAACCGUUUGUCAAAGAUCCCGCAAAACAGGCGCGCUAUGAGGAGUUUCUAAAAAGCAAAAAAGGAGAAGAAGCUUCUCCACAGGUUCAUGGCAGCGGUUUAACGGAAUGGGAAAGAGAACGUGAAAGGGAGGAAUUCGCCCGGUCUGCAUCUUUGUAUAGACCUCUGAGUUCUACAAUGGCGGCCAGAUUUACGACUGCGAAACAACAAGAUGAUCACAGAGUGGUGUACGAAGAUGUACCCGCUCAAGAAUCUUCAGAUUCUUCUGAGCAGGCACAGGCGGCUUCUAUGAAAAUGUUCGGAAAACUAACUCGGGAUAACUUCGAGUGGCAUCCCGAAAAUGUUUUAUGUAAACGGUUCAAUAUUCCGAACCCCUACCCAGGAUCUCACAUCGUAGGGGUCCCGAAGGUACGAAAGCCGAAGUUCACACUUGGAGAUUUCAUAGUACCUCGAGAACCUCGUGCGGUUACUUACGAACAUUCGUCAACGAGUGCUAACGACGAUGACAAGACGGACAAGUUCGGAAGCUCUACGGAAACGAUCAAUGCAAUCGACCGUCAGUCGAACCCUUCUGAUACAAAUUCGGUGAGUUCCGGUUUACCUUCGAAAACAGCUGUUGUGCCCGCUUCAGUAACGGCUUUAGCUAAUUCGGACAUUGCUAGGCCAAGAGAAUCAAAUGUUAAAGCUGAUGAAGAACAAAAGGGAGAGAAUUCUGUGCCAAAGCGGCCAGAUAUGGAUUUGUUCAAAGCGAUUUUCGCCGAUUCGUCUUCGGACGAAUCCGAGGCGUCAAGCGAUAAGGAAGAAGUCAGCAAAGAUGAAGGAACCGAAGAUGUAUCGAUUGCUACUUCGGAAAUCAAGUCUCCUGAAGAAGCUUUGCGGAGCCAUGUCGAUGAAAGAACCGAAGAAAACAGUUUGAGAAAUAAUGUUCUUCCAAAUGAUAAAACUCUCGAUAAAGAAUUGAACAUCAAACCGAUUGAAAAUGAGGAACAGAGACCGGUUGAAACGCAGAUUGUGGUCGCGAAAAAUACAGAGAUAGAGAGAGCGGACUCUUCUCCUGAAAAUUUCGGACCGGCCCUACCGCCAUCUUUUAGAAAGAUAACCCCUUCGAACUCUUUUUCCGGAGAAAAACGUUACGCUGACCGUAAGAAAACUAAGGACGACUCUGACCGGAGGAAACGCCAGGAUAAAUACGAAGAAACAAAGAAGCGUUAUUCUGAGUCUUCCGACAGCGAGGAAGAGUAUCGGGCUAAGCAUAAACCCAGACAUAAAUCGAAGAAAAAACACAAACACAAGCACAAAAUUAAACGUCGAUACGAAGAAAAGGAGAGACUUGAACCGAAAACGAAGGGAAAGGACGAGUUAAGUAAACCUUUAGAACAAGGUCGUGCGUCAGAUGACAAACAAAUUCUUAACAAGUUGAAGAAUCUUCAGAAUUUGAAAACGGGAAAAAGAAUGCGUGCUUCUGAUUUCAUGUGAAAGAUCAGCGCCUCGCUGACGGCCUAGAUGUAAUUUAAAUUUCUCCCUAUCGGCUGUUAGAAUUUCCCUCUAAAUUAGUAGAGAGUGUUUGUGGCGCCGAAUGACUUGCUAGGAGCCAACGUCAUGCACAAUACCAAGAAAAGUUUGUCUCGGCCUUCAUUGGUCUAUGAGAAAAAGCUGAAAUAGGUUAUACAGUAUAUUACAGGCGUUUUGUGUAGUACUCUCAAUAAAGCUGUAAGAGA